UUUAGACGGAUCAAAACUAAAUAAGAUGAGGUGCAUGCGAUGGAUAAAACCUUAUGAAUCCACAUCUUCAAAGGCCAACUUCAUUCACGGAUCCAUGGCCCUACAAACCCCAAUUGCUUUCUUUGACAGAUACUAAACAGAAGAGUAAAGGAAGGGCCAAAAGAAAAGAAAAAAGGUAUCAAUGAAAAAGAUAACAUAGAAAAGAAGAAGAAGAAGAUAUGGGGGAGGAGGUCAUGAUGAUGAUGAGCAGUAGGUCCAGUACUAGUAGUAGUAGUAGCAGCUCUGAGAAUCCCACUUUCCCAACCUGGAAAUUAUACGAGAAUCCAUUUUAUUAUUCACAACCUCAUCACCACCAUCAUCAUAAACUGAAGCAUCAGUAUCAUCGUUUAAAUGCUGGGGCUUCUUUGUUGAAUCUGAGUCUCUUCAAGCCUGUAAUGGAGACAUCUGAGAUCGAUGUUUAUCGCGCCCAGAUCCUGGAAUUGAAAGCAAAGCUUGAAUAUGAAAGGAAAGUGCGUAAGAAGAUGGAGUCUUUGAAUAAAAGACUGGCUAAAGAGCUUACAGAGGAGAGAAGCAAGAGAAGCGUUGAGAAAGUCUGUCAAGAGCUUGCCAGAGAGAUUACGUUAGAUAAAGCAGAGAUUGAUAGCAUGAAGAGAGAGAUUGAGGAAGAAAGAAAGAUGUUAAGAGUGGCAGAACUGUUGAGAGAAGAGAGAGUUCAAAUGAAGCUCUCAGCUGCCAAGAUUUUCUUGGAAGAGAAAAUACAAGAAUUGGAGAUUUCCAAACAACAGAGAGAACUUGGCUCCUUCAGUUCCAAACUGGAGCAGAUGAAUCAAGAGGAAGCAAAUUUUAUGCUUCCAGGAAAGUUUACAAGGUUGGUUUUAGCUGAAAACUCUUAUGAUGAUGAUCUUAGCAGUGCCAAAUCAUCAAAAGUUGUUCAAAGCAGAGCAUCACCAGAAACAGAGAAGAUAAAUCAAGAAGUAGACAACAGAGUGUCUAGAGGUGCAAUUCCUGCUGAAAAUUUUCCUGGAAAGCUUGCAAGGUUAUCUUCCCUGUUGUCUGAAAAAUCAUGUGAUGAUAACAUUAGCGGUAAUAUUGCAUCGUCGGCAGCAAUUCAGAGAAGAGCAUCACCAGAACCAGAGAAUCCUCACAUAAAGAGAGGGAUAAAAGGGUUUGUUGAAUUUCCUAGAGUGGUCAGAGCAAUUGGAUCAAAGAGUAGUGGUGGUAGUAGACAUUGGGGUUCCAACCUGGAGUGUCAAAAGGCUCAAUUGAGGAUUCUACUCAAACAAAAAAGCCCCAUUAGAUCCAAUAACCUGAUCAUUGGUUGAAGAAUUCACUUGCUCUUCUAUAUAUCAUUUUCUUUUGAUGAUUGAUAGACAUUGUUCUUCAAAAUGGUAAUGGUAAUGUUAAUGUCUUUGAUG